GCUUGUGCAUAGCCCAGAUGUAGCCGUACCCUCCCCCGCCAAGUUGAAACGGAAGCGAGGGAAAUUCUACAAAAACUUGACACCAAUCGUGUUUUAUGAAGUCACUCUUUUGCAAGAAAAUAUAUAAUGGCUUUUAAUUGGGUAACCCUCCCUUCCGUUUCACCUUUCGGGGGAGGGUACGGCUACACUUAGGCUACCUUUACACUUUGUGAUUUGAUUAACAUGGCAACGUUCGCGUUAAAAGAAGCUGAGGAUAGAACUUUCGAUGGCUAUAAAGAUGAGUUGCUCCACAAACUCAACGAGCUCAGAGAAACAAACACUCUUUGUGAUGCGACCAUUCGAGUUCAAGGCCAGGAUUUUCCGGCCCAUAGAUGUGUUCUUUCUGCGGCAAGCUCUUACUUCCGAGGUAUGUUUACUAGUCCUCUGAGAGAAAGAAAAAGCGGUCUUGUUGAGUUACGGGAGAUCAAAUCAUCCACAUUCGGUGAUGUUCUUUGGUUUAUUUACACUGGUGAGGAGGUUAGCACUACCUUUGCUAACGCGCAAGACUUAGUGAUGGCCGCCGACUAUUUGAUCAUGCCAAGUUUGAAAGCGAAAGCUGCUUUUUUCCUCGAAAGCACAUUAAAUGCCACCAAUUGCAUGGCCUUAGAAUCAUUUGCUUCUCGGUAUAACUGUGAAACGCUAAAGCAAGCGGCAGUUACCUACAAAGUCAAACAUUUUGUAAGGGUGACACAAUCGGAAGACUUUAGAAAGCUGAAUUUAGAGAAAGUUAAGGAACUGAUUUGCAUGGACGAGAUAAACGUGGCAGAAGAAGAGGAAGUGUAUGAAGCAGUGAUGGCCUGGUUGAAACAUGAUCUACCAUCCAGGGAAUGUUUACUCCUGGAACUGUUGCAGUGUGUAAGAUGGUUUUCAAUGUCCAAGUACACCAUGCGAAAGAUCCUCCAUGAAGAGUUGAUCAGGAAGAACCUAACUUGUACAAGGUUAGUUGUCGAUGCUUUGGAUCUUGUUGUAUUCCCAGCUUGUUCUCAAGAUACUUCACAAAGAUCUCGCUUGUCUUUAAGUGGUUAUGAAAAUGUAGUCAUCCUCACUGGUUCAGAAGAUGAUUUCCCAGAGGAAACUUGUGACUGCUUUGUGCCUGCUUCUAACACCUGGGUGUCCUUGCCCAAUAUACCUAUACCACGUGUUCAUCAUGGUGCUGCAGUUUGUGGCGGAGUGUUAUACGUGAUGGGUGGAAGCGAAUCAACUCCGGUGUGUUGCUUUAACCCAAAAGAAAAUGAGUGGAGCACACUUGACACCACGUUGCGCAGAAAAGGCUGUACAGUUACAUCGCUUAAUGAGGAGCUUUAUGUAAUUGGUGGAGAGUAUUCAUGGCGAGAUGUUGAAAUAUUCAAUCCAGUUCUUAACAAGUGGAGACAAGGAGAAUCAAUGGAAACUUCUCGUGCUGGACACUGUGCAGUUGCACUACAAGAACAUAUUUAUGUCAUUGCUGGUCACAAUGGUGUGAAUUGUCUAAACAGUGCAGAGUGUUACAAUCCAUCAACUGACCAAUGGACUGAGAUUGCAAGCAUGUCUAAUGUCCGAAGGUCAGCUGCUGCUGUGGCAGUUGGCACAAAAGUGUUUGUGUUUGGAGGGUAUGCUGACAAUGUAUUGGGGGUUAUAGAACCCUCAUGUGAAGUAUUUGACUCAAGCACAAGUCAAUGGAGCCUGAUACCAAGUCUUAGACUUCCUAGAGCAGGAAGUGGUAUUGUGAGUAUCGGAGACACUGUGUAUGUGUUUGGAGGAGAGGGUGUUGUUGUUGACGAUGAAGAAGUAUACCUGAAAGAAGACCUGGGUGAUGUGCAGUGCUUUGACAUAGGAACAAAUAGAUGGCAUAGGAUAUCGUUUAUACCAUGUGGGGAAUGCUCAUAUGUGCAAGCAUCAUUGCUUAAGGUGCCAAAAAGUUUAUUAAUCACUAGUGACUGAAAUUUUCUCUCCACAAACAGUGACAUCAUUUCUAGGGUUUUUCACAAGUAACAAUACUGGAUACUUUUUAGGUGGACAGAUAUGGCAUAUUGAAUAAAUUUGU